AUGCUCUCCUUGGAACAACACCAUGAUCCUCACUUCACCGUAAGCUGGCUACUAGGCCUCGCACCGAGGCCAGGACGGUGUCCUGCGUGGGCCGCUCAGUAUGAAGACGACAUAUCGGACACCAGCGUCAGCUUCUCGCUGGGCUUGAUACCGUCGCCUGCAUCGGAUGGGUGUGUUGGCGAAGACGAGUCCAUUGCGGUGGAGAUGGAAGUAGCCGAGAGCGAACAAAAGGCAGAGACAUACGAGAACGACAAUGACGCGGACGACGCCUCGCUGCGGGACGACAUGUCGGGCAGGAGGUCGAGACGGUCACGUGUGCAUGCCACAGCCGAGUUCUUGGAUCUGUGCGAGAAGAUGGAGGAAAUGGUUGUCGAUAUUGAAACGUCACGCAACACCAAGGACGACGCCUCCGAUAUAGAGUCCAUCGACGGCGUGUCGCCCGAGGACGACGAUGCCGUGUCGCCCGCCAGAGACGAGUGGCUGCGUCUCAAGAGAGUCGAGUUUGCCGAGAACAAGUACCUCGACCGACUCAUGUCGCUGCCGGGCCUGGAAGAGGCGAAAAGCACGUUCCUCCAUGCGCGCGCCAGGAUCAAGGCCGCGCAGCGCCGCGAGACGUCGCUCCAAAAGGACAACUUUGACAUGGUCUUUACAGGCAACCAGGGGACGGGCAAGUCGACACUGGCGCGGCUGUAUGCCAAGUUCCUGUUGAAGGAGGGGCUCUUCAAGCCGCGUCCAUACAUGUAUGAGAACGGUGUAUACAAGUGCAGCGCAUACUACUUCUCCAAGACGGACAUUAUCAACGCGGCGGGAAUAAUAACGAGCAAGGAGAACGGAUGUAUCGUCAUCAUCGACGAUGCGCACAUGAUCGAUAACCAUGACAGCGACCUCUGGAAUCUGCACAUCCGGCUGAAAGAGCUCCCCGGCAUCAUUGUCCUCGUCAUGGCCGGCAGCGCAGACGACGGACUGAGCAAGCAGAUACAGUAUCGCGUCCAGGUACAGAGUCAGCUGCGGGUCAUCGAGCUGCCCAACUACACCGAGGAGCAGCUGCGUGUCAUCUUCCGGCGCAUGGUGCAGCUUUGGUUUGCUAGGCGGAUGAAGCUGGAGGGGGGCGUGGACGACCGAUACGUCAGGACCCUCAUCUGUCGCUUGAGACGGGAUGUCUCGGACGCUGAUUUCACUAACGUAUGGCACGUGAAGCAGGCCUUUGUCGAGGCUUUGCGACGGCAGGUAGAGCGGUUCGCCCGGGCUCGAAAGGACGGUGACUACCUCGACGAUUAUUUCAUGACGAAAGAGGACCUCCUGGGCGAGAAACCCAGGCUGGAGCCGGACAAGAGCGAGGCAUGGAGAGAAUUGCAAGGGCUGCCGGGCCUCGAUGAAGUGAAAAGGUCCAUUCUGGGUAUCAUCAACCAGGCGAGCCACAAUUGGGAGCGGGAAAUGAGAGGGCUGGCACCAUUGUCGGUGUCCUUGCACCGCGUCUUCCUCGGCAACCCUGGCACAGGCAAGACGACAGUGGCGAAGCUGUACGGGCGUAUAUUGGCGGACUUUGGCCUCUUGUCAAAGGGCGACCUGGUUCUCAAGAGCCCUGCCGACCUGAUGGACAAAUACGUGUCAACAACGGAACGCAACACAAAGAAAGCCCUCGCCCAGGCCAAAGGGUCGGUCCUCAUAUUGGACGAUGCGCACACGCUCGACUCAGCAGGGGACCGAGGUAUCGCUGUUAUCGACACGCUGGUGGCUGAAGUGACAGGCGCGCCUGGGGAGGACCGCUGCGUGGUUCUGUGCGGAUAUCCCGAGCAAAUGAAGGACAUGUAUGCGAACGGCAAUCCCGGCUUGGCCCGGCGAUUUUCGCUUGAUAUGGCCCUGUCGUUCCUUGAUUUCACCCCGGAGAGACUAGGGCAGGUGCUGGACCUCAAACUCAACGAGGCGUCGCUGACCAUGACGGAGGCGGCGCGGAAGGUGGCCAUGGACAUGCUCACGAGAGCAUCGCAUCGUCCCGGCUUUGGGAAUGGCGCCGAGGUGGUCAACCUGCUAGCCAAUGCUGCUCUCUCGAGAGCAAGGCGGAUGAAUGAGCUGCAUGCCGAUACGCCUGCCGACAGUCUCUCGGUGGACGCCAACCCGCCCAUCGAACCCGCCGACGUCGACCCUGACUGGGGCCGACACACGCGUGCAGCCGCCAACACUCGGGCCCUCUUUGACGGAUUCGUCGGCUUUGAAGAGAUCAUUGCCAAGUUCGAAGGCUACCAGUACAUGGCGCAGGGCAUGCGCCUCCGUGGCAUCGAUCCCAGGCCGUACAUCCCCUUCACAUACGUCUUCAAGGGACCGCCUGGCACGGGCAAAACAUCCACCGCCCGCAAGGUCGGCCAGAUCUUCUACGACAUGGGCCUUCUCUCCGCGCCGGACGUCGUGGAGGUCUCCGCCUCGGCUUUGACGGGCGAGUACGUGGGCCAGACAGGUCCGAAAACCAGGCGACUCUUGGAAUCGGCCCUCGGCAAGGUUCUCUUCAUCGACGAGGCCUACCGUCUAGCUCUACCCCAUUCCUAUGGCGACGAGGCCGUGAGCGAGCUCGUGGAUGCCAUGACCAAGCCCACAUUCGCGCGCAAGAUGAUUGUCGUCCUGGCGGGCUACGAUGACAGCAUGGAUCGUCUCAUGCGCGUCAAUCCGGGUCUGAAGAGUCGAUUCGCGACAGACAUACACUUUACGCCCUUGCGUGCCGAGCAGUGCCUCGAGAGUCUGCGGUCCGUGGUGUCCAAGGUCGGCAUCAGGCUGGAGGCUACCAGCAGCAUGGAUUCGACGACUCGUGACACCCUCCUCACAGGCCUCGCCAAGCUGGGCACGGACGAGUCCUGGGCGUCGGGGCGCAGUGUCGAGACGCUCGGGGAGCGCGUGAUUGCGCACGUCUUCAAGGAAUGUGCCAUGAAGGGCUAUACGGGCGCCGAGUUAGAGGUCAACGGACGAGACCUGAUCAGUAUACUGGCGGACAGUGGCAUGGAGGAGAGGAGCGGGCGUAGAAGGCCGGUCACGGCGAGAGCAGAUGACAUUGGCGGAUCUUUCGGGGGGUCAAAACGAUUCGCAGCUUGCAGUGAGGGCUAG